AAUUAUGUCUCUCAACAAUAACCUGCAUUUUUUAAAGAUUAUUAUAUUUUUAACCUUAAAAUUUAAUAUAAUUUUAUCUCAAUCUAAUUGUCCUAAUUUAGUAACAUGUGGUGCUUGUAUAGCAUAUGCGGAUGAUUCCUGUGUUUGGUGUUCUUCGGAAUCCCAUACGGGACCUCGAUGUAAAUCAAAAGAUCUAGCAAAAGCAACAUGGUGUUCCGAAAAUGUAACUGAAGCAAUUUUGAGUCACACAAUCCUAAGAAAUGAUGAAUUAAAUUCUGGAGAGAAUGGCGUAAAAAUUCAAUUUACACCACAAACAAUGACUAUAAAAGUACGUCCAGGUUUACCAGUCGACUUCAAUAUGGCGUACCGACCUGCGAAAGACUAUCCGUUAGAUGUCUAUUAUGUCAUGGACUAUUCUUUUACAAUGAGGGCAUAUCAAAAUCUACUUCAAGAGCAGGGCCUUGAGAUUUAUAAGGAGCUUACUUUAUUAACAAAUAAUGUUCGACUAGGUAUUGGAAGUUUUGUUGAUAAGCCCGCAUAUCCUUUCAAAAGUUCAGAUAACGAAGCUUAUUCCUUUAAAAAUCAUUUAUCCUUAACGCAAAACAUGACAGAAUUUCAAAAUGUUCUAAAAGACAAUUUGUUCGGAUCAAACAACGACGACCCGGAAGGUGGUUUCGACGCCCUGAUGCAGGUUAUGCUCUGUCAGGAUGAAAUAGGAUGGCGGGAAAAUGCGAGGCGAAUCAUAAUCUUAUCAACUGACAAUACUUAUCACAGCGCUGGAGAUGGUAAAUUUGUUGGUGCUGUCAAACCGAACGAUAUGAAAUGUCAUCUAGAAGAUAAUAAUUAUAACAUGGGCCUAGAUCUAGAUUACCCCUCCGUGAGUCAGAUAAAUAAAAUCGCUACCGAACACAAUUUUAAAAUAAUAUUCGCUGCAAUUUCUUCUGUAAAAGAUCAUUACGAAGGUCUAGUGAAGAAGAUAAGAGGUGCGAAAUAUGUAGAAUUAAGUAAAGGCUCAAAUUUGGUAACAAUGGUCAAAGAGGAAUAUCUAAAAUUGAUAAGAAGCAUGGAAAUAAAUGCAGAUUUGCCACCACAUAUUGAACUUGCAUUAAGUCCCGACUGUCGUAAAGAAGGCAUCUGUAUAAUUAAACAUAACGAAUCUAUUACUAUAAAUGCAAAGUUAACAGUCAAAGAAUGUCCCAGUUCUGAUGAAGCAAGCGAAGUGCUCGUGGGUCCUGUGGCAUUAAACGAGAAACUAAAAAUUAUAGUAACCAGCGAUUGUGUGUGUGAUUGUGAACGUAAAAAUACAAACACGAAUUCAUCAAAAUGUAGUGGCAGUGGAAAAUACCAAUGUGGCAUUUGUACAUGUAAUGAAAAUACUUAUGGUGAAGAUUGCGGCUGCACUGGCAUGACAAGUGUUGAUUUAGAUAAAUGUAAAUUAACAUUAACAGCAACAGACUACUGCAGUGGAAGGGGUACAUGCAGUUGUGGCAAAUGUAUACAUUGUAAGCAAGGAUUUUCUGGAGAUUUCUGUCAAUACGACGACACCGCUUGUCCAAGUCCCGGUGGCAAGCUGUGCGCAGGGCGGGGUGUAUGUCGGUACGGGAAAUGUGCUUGCGCCCCCGACAUCACUGGUCCAGGCUGCGAUUGUCCGCUGACCAUUGAUACAUGUUAUGCGCCACACUCGAAAGAGAUGUGUUCGGGAACUGGAAACUGCAUUUGCGGCGAAUGCCAAUGUUUGCCAAUGAAAACAUCAAAUCGAACAUGUUCGGGACGUUUUUGCGACAACUGUGAUGAAUUUGCCGAGAAACGAUGCCUGGAACUCGAAAACUACGCGGAAUGCAAUUACUUAUAUAACAAAACUUACUGCGACCAAUUACACAACCAGACUUCUUUAACUGAAGUUAAGAUUGUUGAUAAAUUGGACAAUACACUGUCAGAUCAAGGUAUGGCAAAAUGGUGCAAGAAGGAGUUAUGGAACGGAACAUUGAUUUUCAAAUACCUUUACCCGAUUACGUCACCGAACACAUUGCACGUUAUCAUUGCGAAGGAAUUGGAGCAGCCCCCUGAAGUUAAUUUAUUAAUUGCUGUAGGAGUUCCUUUUGGAAUUCUUGUUCUGAUAGGUCUUCUGACUAUUAUUAUUUGGAAGAUAUUAGUAGAUCGACUUGACGCUAGGGAGUAUAAAAAUUUCGCAGAGAAGGCUGCUGCAGCUGGAUUCACAGUGACCGGUAUUGUUAACCCAGUGUAUCGUCCGCCAGCCACCAACAUUACGAACCCAAUGUUUGAUGCUAAUUUAUGAUUAAAUUAAUUAAAAGUGGCUUCGACUUUAGAUUUUCGUAACUUCUAAUACUUCCUGUGCCUACUCAGUCAGUCGAUCAUAACCAUAUUAGACACGAAAUCCGGUGAAAACUAUUCUGCUACCCUAAAAGCAUAGGAUAUCACUCUUCAGGGGCUUCUCUAGCACACACUCGUGUCCUGUAAAGGAUAGUUACUAAGCGCCCAUCACUCCUUGCUGGAGGCUAGAAAGCCCUGUGUCUAAUUGUUGUCUUAUUUUUAUGGAGAAUCGAGCAU